AUGGAAUUGGACUGGCAGAAUGGUUUCCAAUUUAUAAAAGAGCGUGGGUUGCAUUUACUCCAGUCAGAAAAGUGGUCAGAUUGUCGUUUUCUGGUAGGGACACCACCAAAUCAACGUAUAUUAGCUGGACAUAAAUUGAUUUUAGCAAUGUCUUCACCCGUGUUUGAGCGUAUGUUUUAUGGUAAUCUCCCUGAUGAGAGUGAUCCCAUUUUAAUACCCGAUGUUCAACCAGAUGCUUUUCAAGCAAUGAUGGAGUAUAUUUACUCGGAUCGCGUUAGCAUAAGCUCUUUCGAUAAGGCGUGUGAGUUAUGUUAUGUAGCAAAAAAAUAUAUGUUACCUUAUGUCGUUGAGCAAUGUACGCAUUUUCUCUGGGCUGAUUUAAGCCCCAAAAAUGCUUGCCGUGCAUAUGAGUUUGCUAAGUUAUUUGACGAACCUCGCCUAAUGCAAAGUAGUAUGAGUAUUAUAGCAGCUAAUACACGAGAUGUGCUAGCAGAUCCCGGCUUUGCGGAUAUAGAGAUGUCAACCUUAAUGGCUAUUCUUGAUCAAGAUCGGUUAAAUAUUACUUCAGAGUUAGAUCUUUUUAACGCCUUGGUGAAAUUUGCUUCAGAACGUGGGUUAUUUGUAGAAAAUGAUCGUGUGCACAUGCUAAAAACAGGAUCACUUAAUAAAACUUUAAGCCAACAUUCGUUAGACAUAGAAAGUGAUCAUUCAGAAGUAGUGGAGAUUAAAAUGGAGCCAGAUGUUUCCAGCAUUGUGCAUCAGCAAGAAACAGCAUUCGAUUCUCAAAUAGUAGAUGAUGUAGUUGUUUUAGAUAGUGAAACGUCAAGCACCUACAAUGAAAAGGAAGGUAUGCAAAAAACAUCAACUUCGCAAUCGGAGUCAAGUAUGUCCACUUCUUUUUCUUGUGCCAAUAACGAAGUUGACGAAGCACUUAUUCGUCAAGCAGUGCAGAAAAUUCGGUUUUUAACACUCACUCCGCAACAAUUUGCAGAAGGACCAGCACGUUCUAAGCUGCUUAAACAAGACGAAGCCCUUGCUAUUCUCAUUAAAAUUUCCAGUCCUACUAUAAAUGAUUGUCCAAUGCCGGAUGGCUUUUGUAAUUUAAGAACAAGUCGGGAAUAUUAUGAAUCACGAAGCCGUAGAGAAUUAACGUCUUAUCGUCAUUCUGAUUCAUCAAAUGCUCCUGCUCCAACAACUUUUGAACCAUUUAGAACAAUUAUGGGAAACUCAACAUCCAACAUAACUACAAGCCCUCAGACAUCUUCCUUUAAUCUCAGUACUUUACAGGAUAAUAAUGAUGCUGAUUUAACUACAAAUGAUACUCGGCGUUCCUAUUGCGUCCGAACACUUAAUCAACAAUUUGACUACAGAAAUACUAGUGUAACUGAUUGUGGGCUCACCUUUCAAGUGGAUAGUAACAUAUGGAUUACAGGAGUUCAAGUUCCAACUCAGGUGCUUUGUGGGGAGCUUAUGAAUUCAGCGGGAUUUUCUGAGAGAUACACGGAAAUACUGUACGCGCAUAUUCAAGACAUACAGGGAUCAAGGCUCACAUAUACACACUGCACGUCACGUGUUCGAUAUGAUUCUUUACUGGAAAUAACCUUCGAUCGUCCAGUAUAUGUUUACCGUAAUUUAAUAUAUAAAGUAUACGUAGUUUUUAACAAAGUCGGCUGGUAUCCAAUGUAUACAUGUGUCCCGGAUGUUGUCUGCAAUAGAGUUAAGUUUAUGUUCAAUGUAGGUAACCCCAGCGAGUCAGUGAGAGACGGCUUAAUCCGAGCAAUUGUUUUCUCAACACCCCAAGAACAAUCAAGAUGUGGUAUGGAAUAAAUCCAUUUGCUUUUAAAUAUAACUGUAACUACUUGUUCUGAAA